AUUUAUUUAUAUAUAUAUUUGCCUUUUGUUUUGGUUGAUAGAAAAUAAUUAUCAAGAAUAUCAGUAUGUUAAUUUUCUUUAUUGGGCUGGACCUCUUCUUAACAUUGACAGACACUUGCCAAUGUUGGGCUGUUGCACCAAACAAACCCCAAUAUUCGGGAUCAUCAUCAGUGUGUUAAUUUUCUUCACUCGCUACUACAUUCUCCACCGUUGAUCUGUCCGUCGCCGGUGUCAGAUGAUAUCAGUCAGUAAUGGGAACAAAGACAAUGAUCAAAUGGCCGAAACAAAUCACAGUAACUCUAGUCGAGCAGCUGAUUCGAGCAGAAAAAGACUUACAGAAAGCAAUUGUCAUAUUUGAUGCUGCAACAGGGGAGUACACUAAUGGGUUUCAGCAUGAUCACAGCACUUUUGGUGUCAUGAUUUCCAGAUUCGUCUCUGCUAACCAAUUCAGAGCAGCCGAGGAUUUGCUGAAUAGGAUGAAGAAUGAAAAUUGCAGCAUUACGGAGGAUAUAUUUCUUUCAAUCUGUAGAGGGUAUGGUCGGGUUCACAGACCGCUUGAGGCGAUUAGAAUUUUCCAAAAGAUGAAGGAAUAUGAAAGUCAACCGACCCAGAAAUCUUACAUUACUGUCUUUGCGAUUCUUGUUGGCGAAAACCAGUUAAAGAUGGCUUUAAGGUUUUAUCGGUAUAUGAGAGAAAUGGGUAUUCCUCCAAGUGUUGCUUCACUCAAUGUUUUGAUUAAAGCCCUUUGCAAGAACAAUGGUACGAUGGAUGCUGCUCUUCGGAUUUUUCGCGAGAUGCCUAAUCGUGGGUGUAUUCCAGAUUCAUACACAUAUGGUACUUUGAUUAAUGGGUUGUGUAGGUUUGGGAAGAUUGUUGAGGCAAAGGAGCUUUUCACGGAGAUGGAUACUAAAGGUUGUUCACCUACUGUUGUUACAUACACUUCACUGAUUCAUGGGUUAUGCCAAUCAAAUAAUUUGGAUGAGGCUAUGGGAAUGCUUGAUGAGAUGAAGAGAAAAGGUAUUGAGCCCAAUGUGUUUACUUACAGCUCUCUCAUGGACGGACUUGGCAAGGGUGGACGUACUUCACAAGCCAUGGAACUAUUGGAAAUAAUGGUUAGCAAACGACAUAAGCCCAACAUGAUAACAUACAGUACUUUAAUUCACGGACUCUGUAAAGAGGGAAAGCUUCGAGAAGCUUUGGAGAUUCUUGAUAGGAUGAAACUCCAGGGAUUGAAACCAGACGCGGGAUUGUACUGGAAAAUCAUAAAUGGGUUUUGUGAUAUUCACAAGUUCAAGGAAGCUGCAAACUUCCUUGAUGAGAUGGUUCUUGAGGGGAUUUCACCAAAUCGAGUAACAUGGAGCCUUCAUGUUAAAAUUCACAACGCUGUAGUCCAAGGCCUUUUAAUUGAAAAUGACCCAAAUCGAGCUUUUCACUUGUAUCUAAGUAUGCGCGCUAGGGGACUUUCUGUUGAGGCCAAAACUUUUGAAUCUCUUGUUGAUUGUUUCUGUAAGAAAGGAGAUAUACAUAAAGCUGCUCGGAUUGUUGACGAAAUGGUUCUUGAUGGAUGUAUCCCCAACGAGGGAACAUGGAUUGCCAUGGUAAGUGGAUUUUGGGAUCGAAGGAAGGUGAGGGAAGCUUCUAAGUUGGUACAUAUUGAACUGAUGGACGCAUUUUUUGGGGCUGGAAUAUAAACCUUCGACCGAGUUUUAGCAUCAGUAAUUACCAUGGGUAUGUUUUUUUUAACCUAAUUACUUAUGUUUGUGAUAUUUGAAUAUAAGGUUUUCUUGAAUCUUGUUACUCAACAUUGGUAGCAUGCAUUCCUCUGUUGCUGUUUUUCACUUUCAUUUUCUCUUUUUGUUUUUGGCAUUGUUUACAGCAUGUAUGCAUUGAUCUGCAUCAUUUGUGAUUA